AUAAUUUGUUGAAGUCUUACAGAUCCUUUUAUGUUUUGUCCGUUCUGUUUAAAGCACGUUUUCGAUUUGAAUACUUCUUCGGGUUUUAUUUCGAAAACACCAACGGGGGCGAUACCGCUGGAAUGAUUUGAAAGUGUUGUUGUUGGGUUGAGUUGUUAUCUAGCGCUUGAAAUAAUUUUCUGAAAGUCGAGAAGCUUUAAUUUUACUCGAGCAUUUUUCUUGUUUAUACGGAAUUUUUUUUCAAGUAUUCAGGUAUCCGCGUACCGUGCGUUUUGCUUGUGUCAAUAUCCCAUCAUGGGUUGUCGCUUAUCAGCGGAGGCUAGGGAAGCCAGGCGACAAAAGGAAACAAAAGAAGACGACGAGAAAAAGAGAAAAAUAAAAUUGGAAGAAAGAAGAAAAAACAUCAAGAUCCUGUUAAUGGGUGCUGGAGAGUCGGGUAAAAGUACUAUCGUCAAACAGAUGAAAAUAAUUCAUGAGAGCGGCUUUACGUUUGAAGAUUUUAAGCAGUAUCGUCCUGUUGUUUAUAGUAACACCAUACAGUCACUUGUAGCUAUUUUGAGGGCGAUGCCGAAUUUGGGAAUAAGUUUUGCAAAUAAUGAGAGAGAGGCGGAUGGCAAGAUGGUUUUCGAUGUCAUCCAAAGAAUGGAAGAUACUGAGCCGUUUUCAGAGGAACUCUUGGCUGCUAUGAAACGAUUGUGGCUGGAUGCUGGAGUUCAAGCAUGCUACGGACGUUCAAACGAGUACCAGCUCAACGAUUCUGCCAAAUAUUUCUUGGAUGGCCUGGAUAGAUUAGGAGCUAGAGAUUACCAACCAACAGAACAAGAUAUUUUGCGCACAAGGGUGAAAACAACAGGCAUUGUAGAAGUUCAUUUCUCUUUCAAGAAUCUCAACUUUAAAUUAUUCGAUGUUGGUGGCCAACGAUCAGAGCGAAAGAAAUGGAUACAUUGCUUCGAAGAUGUUACAGCGAUAAUUUUCUGUGUAGCUAUGAGUGAAUAUGAUCAAGUUUUGCAUGAAGAUGAAUCUACGAAUCGAAUGCAGGAGAGUCUUAAGCUGUUCGAUUCUAUAUGUAAUAAUAAGUGGUUCACAGAUACAUCUAUUAUCCUUUUCUUAAACAAGAAGGAUCUCUUUGAAGAGAAAAUACGAAAAUCUCCAUUAACCAUAUGUUUUAGCGAAUACGGAGGAGCUCAGGAAUAUGGUGAGGCUGCAUCCUAUAUUCAGGCUCAGUUCGAAGCGAAAAACAAGUCGACACAGAAAGAAAUCUACUGCCACAUGACAUGUGCAACUGAUACGCACAAUAUCCAGUUUGUGUUUGAUGCAGUAACGGAUGUCAUCAUAGCAAAUAACCUUCGCAAUUGCGGUUUGUAUUAAGGCGUGUAGUUGAAUUACAUUCGGUUCUUAUAUUCCACGUACAGUGACUUUUUGAAAUAUCUCGCGCCCUAAGAUUCAUUUUUGAAGCGCGACUGCGCUGAAAUCGCAGAUGUCGAUUUUCCAACAUUUUUUUACAGACAAUCUUGAAGAGUGGAGAGUUCUGCAACAGUCAUGUGGAUGCUAGAUGAAAUCAAUAUAAGAAUUAUAUGUCAAUUUAUUUUUACAUUUUGAACAAGUUUUGAACAGUUUAGAGAUUAUUCAUCAGGUAUCAGCUUCAUUAAAAACUUUUUCUGUUUCUAAGCCAUGAAAAAUAUUAAUUAUUGUUCUUAAUCUUUUUUGGAUGUGCAUCCGCUCGCUGCACCAGCAAAGAAGAACUCUUUCAUUCCUUUUUCUACUUCUUCAGACUGGUAUAGGUAUGUGUAUUGAUUGAAAAUGAUCAUAUCGGUUAUUUGUUAAGAACUUAUUGAUUGAAACUGGUCAUAUCCAUUCUUGUAACAAUUUGUUUCAAACAAUUCUCCAUUGUUAAAAUAUCAUUUAAAAAUGUUGGAAAUAGAACUUAAAAUUGUACCAAAGUUGAGUGAGAAAUGUGUUCUUAUGUGUUAAAAUUCAGUAUAAAUGAGUUGAAUCUAUUUUCAGGCGGUAGCUUGCUAUGCUUGUCUCUGUAUAUAAACAAAGGAAAAGGUUAACUUUUCUAUUAAUAAUUCUGAUCACAUGUAAUUUAUUCGAAUAACUGUAUGGUUUUCAUUGCCGAAUCAAAGCUCUGGCCAUCAAUGAUUUUUUGUUCCUGCCUGUUUUGAUGCUGUAGUUUUGUGUUAUAUUCAUUUCUCACUUCACAGAAGAUGACGGUUCCAUGAUUUUUAUAGUAUAAGGAUAAAAAGUAUUCCAAAGAUUAAAAAACGUGAUUUUCUUCAUUAUCGGUUAAUAUUGAGAACUGUCUUCUUUCGAUGGAGAUAGAAAUCAUAGCACAUUUUUUCUAUGCAUAGAUGGUUUGAAGAGGCAGAAGUAAAUAUUUUACCAUCAUUGAAAAAACAUUUACCUAUGAAAGUUUUCCUGUUAAGGCUAUUAAUCAUUUCUAAACCAGUGCCAUUCAAGAAUUAUAAAAAUAGCUGCUGUAAUUGUUGUGUUAUUAUUCGUUUUAUAUUUUAAUCAAUUUGAAAAGUUUUUCUCUAUAAAAUAUCAUAUAUUUAUAAGAUUAAGUUACCAAAAAUUAAUGUAUUGUAUGUUAUGUUGUUUUAAACACACGACUUUCGCUCAAAAACCUUCAUCUUAAUAAUAUCGUAAUCUCUUUGAGUAAGUCUGAGUGAAAUGGAAAGUAAGUCUUUUGGACUGGCUGAGUGUAAACAAUAAUUGGAAAAUAUUCUGGAUGUGAAAAUACAUUUUCUCUUAGGGAUACAUAGUAUAUUAAAAAAAGAUCAUGUGGAAUAUUCAUAAUUGUUAUCAGAUUUGUCAAAAAAAAUAUUUUCUCAUUUUAUUGUUACAACUCUGUAGCCAAAAGAGUUUUCAUGGAAAUCUUCAUGUCUUCUGCAUUCGUACACUCACUGUUCUCAUUAUAAAAAAUUAUUUUCAUCGUAUUUUCAAUUCCGAUGAACUUAAUUUUAAAGAUGAUGUUCUCAAUUCAGGUAUAAAUGGACCCUAUCAACUUAGACUUGAUUGAAUCGUACGUACAUUAAAAUAUGUGUAAAUAAAAAUAUAUGGCGCUUUAAACAGUAGCUUCAGUACAUUUUGUAGCUUAGUCAUUUUAUUUUUCCUUGUACAAGAAAACAAUGUUGAUGCAUUUUAUGUAAACAUUCCUUGGUAUUUUGUAUCUAUACCCUUUUUUAUUAUAAUAAAACGGCAUUUUCCUUCUGAAACAAUUCACAAAGUAAUGUUACACUGCUUUAUCUGUAUGUAUCCUGUGGAAUCUGAUGGAUAAAUUUGUUUUUCUCACAGAUUUUAAAUCAAUUACAACAAUAUAAAUUUUGGAACAAGUUUGAAAAUGUGGCUCAUAAUUUAACUUUAAUAAUCAUUAAAUAAAUAACAAAUUUGAGCUAAACCUCAUUCGAACAAAUGAAAAAAUUAAAUUGUUUUCACAGAGAAGUAGGUGAUGAAAUAACCAGAUCAAACAUUAUAAAUCAUUGAUAAUUGUUCAAUAAUUAUCACAGAUCUUAACUAAGGACCAAUUAACAUAAUUUCAACCUUAGUGUCCAGCACAGAAUUAUCUGACUAGAUUCUGCAUCCCUCGUUUUAUUCAUUUAUAUUUUAAGAGAAAUUUAAUAUUUUUUCAACAUUUAUGUAAUCAAACAACUAACCAACUACUAGGCUACAAUUUCUAUUCCAAAAUUGAAAUAGUUAAAAAAUUAUAUUGUAAGUCAUUGCAUUGCAUCUACUUGUAGGAGAACCUCUUUUUAACAAACAUUUAUUGUAACUAACCAAAGAUUGUUAUUUGUACAAUUUUUAAUUAAAUCUCUUUUGCUGUUUCAUAAAAAAGUAGAAUUAUUUUUCAAAAAAUUAUAUAUACUUGCAUAUACAUUGGAUAUCAUGAUACCAAACCAUUUACGACUUUUAAUUUUCAACAGUGUUUUCAAGGGAAUUUUCUCCAAGUUGCUGAGAAUGACUUCAACCAAUCAACAUAAAGUACAUAACGCUUUAGAUCUUUGUUAAUAAUCAGUAGUUGAAAGAUGUAUGUUCCGGGUACUAAAUUAUUUGUAAUUGUUGAAUACAUAAUGUGUGUUAUGUAUUUUAUGAAAUAUGUAAAUACAGACAAGUUCGUUAAUUAGACGAUUCGAAGUAUUUAUUAUGUCUGAUAUAGUGAAUACUCUACCUUCUAGUUUUGUGUGUUCCUAAUGCAAAUUCCAUUAAUUUCAAGUGAGCAUUCAGUGAAAAUCUCCUUUGUGAAUUAUGUUGAUAAUCUUCUGGUAUUCAUUUCAAGGACUUUACACAAAUUGAUGGGAAAAGUUGUCUAUAUAAUAAUUUUAUAUUUGGAAUUUUCAGGGAGAUUAUACAAAAUACAGAUAUUCUUCAGUUUUAAGCAUCGAAAUGUGGAGGUAGACAUGAUAGGAAGUUAAGUUCCUCUAGUCAGUUCUUUCAAAUUGUAUCAUUGCAUAUUUAUUAUACAGUUUUUGUAUUUAAUUUCAAAGAAAUAAAUCAAGGUGUAACUUUCA